UAUAUAUCAGUGAUUGAUACUUCAUUGGCGCAUGUGCGUAGAGAAUAUACAAUUUAAUACUAAUGACAACAGUUUCUUUUUUCUUUGCAAUAGAAUAGUAUUGCUUAAUAACUUUUGGUUAAAGAUUUUAUUGAUUACACUUUAUGUAACAAAAAAGGUAUUAAAACUCUUUUUUAGUAAACUUUCCCUCAUCUUCCUAUAUUUAUUAAGUAAAUUGUUCAUGUCUAACUAUUAGAUAUGUAUUCAAACUUUUCUAUGAAGUGUAUAUCAUAUAUCAAGAGUGAUAAAUAUUUAAGAACAAAUAGGAUUUAUUACUUCACUCAUAGAUUUAAGUCCAAUAAUAUACCUCCAGAUGACGAAAAAAAUAAAAAAACACAAGCUGUAAAUAAAUUAAAUGAUCUAUUAAAAUCUAUGGCUAAAGGAAAUGAUGUACCUAAAAGUGCCAUACCAAUCGAUCUUGCAAAACCUAGGCAAAUAGCAAAACAAGCAGAAUUAGGUAAAAAAAAAAUUAAGGUUGAAGAAAAACAAUUAGAAGAUCAGUUAGUAGAAGCAGCACACUCUGUUGCUGAAUCAAUAGGAGGAGAUAUCAAACAAACAGAAUCUGAAUUAUUGAAUUUAUUAAAGAUAUACAGUGAUGAAACCAUUGUUGAUAAUGAAAAGAAACCAAAAUCAUCAGUUCACCUAAGUGAACUUAUUUCUGGAAUGAAAAUUGAUUGUUCUAAGCCUGCUACUAAUAAGUAUCCUGAAGUUGAUAAAGCUCAACGAGUUCGAGAAUCUUUAAAUCGUUUUACUAAAUCCCAAAAAUCUUUUGAAAAAUUUAAAUAUUAUAGAAAGCCUAUGCAAGAUUACACUCCUUUAGACAUAUUUGGAGGUGAACCUUUAAAUAUUUUCAAGGAUCCUCUUACAUUGGACAAAAAUGGUAUAACACUUUCUACUUGGGAUCAUUUACAUAAAAAGUCAUUAAAAUUAGCUAUAACACAUCCCCCUAAAAAUAUUUAUGAACAAAUGAUAAUGUGGACAGAAGAAGGAAAAUUAUGGAAAUUUCCCAUAAAUAAUGAACAAGGAAUGGAAAAUGAAAAUGAAGUAUUUUUUGCUGAUCAUGUAUUUUUAGAGCCCUUGAUUGAAGAUUGGUGCCCUAAUAAAGGCCCGAUUCGACAUUUUAUGGAAUUAGUUUGUGUUGGUUUAUCUAAAAAUCCAUAUCUUUCUGUCGAAGAAAAGAGAGAUCAUAUUAAUUGGUUUAGACAAUAUUUUUAUGAAAAAAAUCAACUAUUGAAAGAGGUUGGUGCUUUUGAAAUAAAAUCAUUACCUGAAAACAUCAAGGAAUAUUACCAACCCCCUGUUCCAAAAACAUAAACUUGAAAUAGUUAUAUUUAGCUAAGAAAAUAUUAUAAUAAAAAAUUUAUAAAUUAUAAAAAAUGUCCUAAUUAAUCUUUUGUAAUUAUAUAUAAGGGUUUUGUAGCUGACAAGCAAUGUAGCAAUGUCUUAUGCAUAUGGCAACCAAAUGUCUAAAAUGAAAUAAGAGAAAUUUUUUCUAGUUAUUAGUAAAUAUAGGCAUAGAGUUAAGAAAUGUUUGAGGGUUAAGAACCCCCCCAAAAAAAAUGAAAAUUAAGUUAAUACAAUAUAAAAAAUAUUUUUAGAAAAAGGUAGGUUGGGUUUAAAAAUUGAUUUAGUAAUUAAAAAAAUUUGUUUAUGACCAAUUAGCCUGCAAACAGUUAAUUAGAUUUAUCAGUUAAUCUUAGUUAAAGAUAGAUAUAUUUAUAAAGUAUCAUUUUAAAACUUUGUAUUGUUAAUUUACUUCACAUUGUUAUACAUAAAAAUUGUUAUUAGUUUACUAUUGUAUUAGAAAUAUGAACUGAUAAAUUAAGUAUAAAAAUGAAGACUUUUUGACAUAACAUAACUUCUACAAAAAGAGAACAAAUUCUCGUAAGAGUUUGUCUGGACUCUAUACUUAUGCAUAAUUUGACAGAUUCAAGAUUGAGUCAAGGGCAACAUUGUAUAUUGUACAAGAGUAAUUAAGUUGCCAUAAUUUCAGUGAUGGGACAACCACCUGUCACAGUAAAUUUAAAGUUAAUAAUCUUUUGAAGGAGCCUGAAUGGCUCUUAAUGGUCUGUAUAAUAAUAAUACAUUAUCUCACCAUGUUCUGACAUCUUUAAUAACUUUUGAUUUAGCAAAUAUUUUUGCGUUACCUUUAUUAUUUAAACAAAUUAUACAAUUAUGUAUUAUAUUAUAGUAUU